CCGUGGUUGCCCCGGAGUGUCUCCCGGGGUGAUCACAAAUAGGGGUAAGAAUGUACAUACGAUACCCAGUGAAGUCCUACUUGUUCCGAGGUAAUUCAGCAUGAAUGCCGAUGCCGAGCCUAGAUCACGAUUAUAUUUUAACGAGAUCGUAUUGGCGCUGGAGGAGUUUGAUCUUAGUCCAGCCUGUUCCUUGCCCAAAAAGGUAUCCUGCGGCCGCUAUAACCGACUUCCUGAUCCCGUGUGGGACGAGAAGCCGGCGGCGCUUUGAUGAGGAAGAGGAAGGACGUCUUAAAUUAGCG